UAAGAAAUAACACUUGAUUCGUUGCACUCAAUUGAAAAGAACACUGUUUUUACUUUUUAAUGGCGUUCACUGAAGUGGAAGGAUAUCAAGCAGUACAAUACUGUUUUCCUCUCCACAACUCAUCUUGUGUUAAGGAGGUGAGAUCCAGAGCAGAGAAUAUACUCAUGCACAUUUUUUUUUUCUCUGUGUCAGCUUUCACAGUGUUUGUGAAUCUGCUGGUGAUCAUCUCCAUCUCUCACUUCAAGCAGCUCCACACUCCAACCAACCUGCUCAUCCUCUCUCUGGCUGUGGCAGAUCUCCUGGUUGGGAUCAUUGUGAUUCCAGUGGAGGGCAUCAAAGUCAUCGAGUCAUGCUGGUAUCUUGGUGAAACAAUGUGUUCAGUUUUUCAUGGGCUAGUUUUUUCUGUCAUUUUUGCAUCUCUAUACAAUUUAGUCAUCAUAGCUGUUGACAGAUAUUUUGCAGUGUGUGACCCUUUACUCUACAUUUCUAAAAUAACUAUUGGAAAAACAUUGAUUUCUAUAUUCCUAACCUGGAUAUUUUCUUUUAUAUAUAAUCUUGUUAUUCUAUACUUUAAUGAUAAUUGGUAUCGUUCUCAGGUACACAAUAAUUGCCAUGGAAAAUGUGUGUUGAUUAUCAGUUUUACAUGGGGAAUUAUUGACCUUUUUGUCUCCUUUGUUGCACCUUGUUCUGUUAUUAUAUACUUAUACAUGAACAUUUUCAAAGUGGCAAGAAUUCAAGUAAAAGUUAUGAAUAUCACAACCAGGAUCAAAAGUUCAGAGAGUAAGGCAACCAAAACACUGGGGGUUGUGUUACUGGUUUUCCUUGUCGGUUGGAUCACAUAUUAUGUAGGUUCACUUUCUGAGGACUACCUGAAACAUUCAGAUGUUAUCAUAGCAUUUCUCUCCUGGAUUGUGUACAUUAAUUCAUUCCUGAACCCUCUGAUCUAUGCAUUGUUUUACCCAUGGUUCAAAACAGCAGUAAGACACAUCUUAACCUUACACAUCCUGGCACCCUCAUCCUCCUUUAUAAAUCUCCUUCCAGAAAAUUAGAUUGCAUUACUUUUUUCUAUUUUUUUACGCUUGAUUGUACUGGAUGAGUGGCCUUGUAGGUACACACUAUAACAUAACAUGUUGUGGUAUAUAAAGUGCUGUAAUAUAUAUUUUAUUGCUUAUUGCUGUUUGUUUGUAUUGAUGACUUAGGGCCCAAUUCAAUUGAUUGGUUAUACUGUAAAGGAAAACAGCACUGCAGGUUUACUAAGUAUGUUGACAUUGUAUUCCAAGGACAGCUGUUGUUCUGUGUCAAUAAAAAUGACAACAGGAACAACUCAAGUGUGUGUUGGUUUUAGUGUGGUUAACAGCUCCAACACAACAUUCUGAGUGAACCCACAAUGCAGUUUUCCUUCAGCAAUUUAUUGUAUUUGGGCCAAAGGAUUUCAAUGCAAGGAUAUCAUUACUAUGUAGAGAAAGAGAUGGCUGUAAAAUACUACCCAUGUAAUAACAGACACACAGCACUGUGGUGCCAUUCAUUCAGUAGAGUCAGUAGCUCUAGACAGAGAAAAGUGUAAUCAGACAGACAAAACACAAAGUG